AUGACUGUUGCUAAGUAUGCUCGUAAUUUCGAUGACUUGUGUCGUUUCUCUAAGAUCUGUCAAGGGAAUCCUGCUGACUUUGAAGAAUGGAAGUGCUUGAAGUUUGAAGGAGGCCUUCGUGAUGAUCUAAUGAGUUCAAUAGUUUCGCUGGAGAUACGUAAUUUUGCUGAAUUAGUCAACAAGAGUAAGUUAGUGGAAGAAUGUAUUAAGAAAGAGACUGUGGCCAAGGUGAGUCACCAAGGAUUUCCACCAAGGCGUCUUAGCAAUCAUCAGGCAGCUGGGAGAAGGGUGCAUUUUAAAGCGCGUGGCAUACGACAGCAUAAGAACCUACAAGUUGGUAACAUUACUGCUCGCUGUAUGGGUAAGAAUGGAGUGCGUGAAGCUGCUGUAGCAGCGGCAAGGGCUGUUGAACGUCUCGGAGUGAGAAUGGAAACGAGAAUGAAUAUGGAGAAGAUAAUGGGAAUGAUGAGAACAACUUAG